AUGUCUUCAAAUUAUGACAACGAAAUACCGAAUAAACGAAAUAUCGACGAGUAUGGAGUAAAAAAAGCGGAUAGGAGGUAUAAGCCAAAUUUUCCAAAAGAUAUGCCAAAACUACCUUCAAUUGAGGAUUUCAAGUUAGAUCGUAUUAUCUGUGAUGAUUUGAAGGAAGAAUCACAGGAAGUUGUGGAUUCAAUGAUAAAAGUGGCGUCGAGUUACCAGAAUGAUUUGAAGAGUGAAAUUCGGAGAAAACUCUCCAUUGAACAAAAGAUCCAGUUCAAAAACAUUGAAAUUGCAAAGAUAGCACAUUCAUUGAAAAAGAAUAUUACAUUAAGGAAUAAAAAAUUAAGAAAGGCUAUAAGUAAUAAUGGUAAUGCAAAUAGUGUGCAUAAUAAUUCGGCGAGUUUACUUCUGUUAGGCACGGAAAGUACCAUUGAUGACGAAAUAGAAAUGCUAUUGGAGUUAUCAGCAAAGGCAUCUGGUAAGAUUCGGGGAUUGACCCAGAGACUUUCAAAAAUAGACCACAGAGUGAAUAAGAUGAAAUCGGAUGAAAUACUAGGACAACCGAACUCCCGGAGAAAACAAGAAUAUCCGUAUAUACAUAAAAUGCUUGCUGGCAAAGAAAGAAAGCCAGAUAUUAAAGUAAUACCAUCCGUUAAUAAAGUUUCGGGCGGAAAUUUGACUGAAAGGGAACCAAUGUCUUUCACUGCGAAACCAGAUGUAAAAAGUAAAGAACAGCCAUCCAUAAAAACCUCAAAGAAUGAACCAAAUACGUAUGGCACACCAAUUUUGGAAGACGAAGAAAUGAAUGCAGAGCAAUUUGAGCUAUUCAUGUCUUCUUCUAUAACCAAAUAUAGGGAACUUCAGCUGAAUAAGUAUAGCGACCUUGAUAUAUUUAUGAACCCAGCACACAGCAAGAACUAUGAAUUCAAUAACAAUGAAUUUUUCGAUGAGAAUGAUCGAAGUACUAUUGAUCCCUCUGUAAGCUUGUCUACCUUCAAAUCAGGUAACCCGUUGAGCUUAUUAUAUUCAUCCAUAAUUAAAGAUCCAAAAUCAAAUGGCCAAAGAUUGGCAGUUCGUCCGUCAUUAGGCGAAAUUACCAUGAAUGUAAAAUCCCCAGCAACUGUUAAACCAACUUUUCAAACGUCACAUUUCAAAAAACUAAGAAUCAAUGGAUCCCCAAUUACUUCUGAAACGUUCCUGAAAAUGAAGGAGAGACCAUCCUGUGAAUGCAAUAAUCACGAAGAUGAUGAUCAUUUAUCGCAUUUCAGUGAUAUAAGUGAGGAUUCUAUGGCAAAGAGAGCAUUAACUGAUUCGCUAGUGGCUUUGGAGAACUUUCAUGUAAGUAGUGACGAUACGUCAGGAUUAAAUACUGAGCCUGAAGACAAUGAUAUAGAAAGCGAGCCCGCUAUAACCUCAGAGUCUUCAGAUUUUGAUUCAUUGAGUAGCGAAUCAAGCGAUAACAAAACCAACAUGUAUGCCGACCAAUACUACUCAUUACUCAAAGCUGAUUUGAAGAAAAAGAAAAAGAAGAGACUACACCUAGAAAGAACCCAACAGAUUCACAAGCGUCGUAUGUACCAACGAAAAGAUAUGUCGCCUACACCAAAGCAUAAACCAUCGCAUCACUCUUUAAAGCCCAAAAGAUCCAUAUUGAAGUUGCCGCCUACAAUGAAAGUGCAAUCAAACUCACAUGUUCCUUCGCAUGCUAGAAUACGAAAGACAGAUGCAGUAAAAAGCAACACUAAAAAUGUCCGCUAUGCAUUGAAUACACCAGAGAUCAAGAACAUUAAUAUCAAUGCUCGGCCUACUGCUGGCUCAAAUAGUAUCAAUGAUUUUACAGUGACUGGUACAAUGCUUCUUGCCAGGCCAAAUUCUGGCGAAUCGAGUAGCAAUGAUAAUGACGAGAAUGAAGUCGUUCUGUGGAACGGUCUCCCUCAGGAACCCCAUGACGACAAUGCCGACGUUAUGAGUCUAAAAUCAAUAUCCAGAUUAAAGGGCUUUUUAUAA